UUUCAAAUUUCAGAGGUCGCCAUGGUGGUAGAGUAAUCUUCUGGUUUGUCUGGGUUUAUACUCGAAUAUUUCCGAUUUACGUCCGAAAGGAGGAAAUAGGGAGUGGAUAUUAUUUUGCGGACGAUUUUUUUAAGUUGUGAUGCUUAUUUCGGUAGAGUUUACGAAUCGUUCAGAUGGAUGAUAUUGUCAAAACAACGUCCGACGCCAGAAGUAUCGUCUUACCUCAGCAGGAUUCGGUUUUCAGGAACCUGCAGAAUGCCAAAAGAUUUGCCAUCGACAUCGGUGGUUCUCUGACCAAAAUUGCUUAUUAUUCUACGGUCUCCUAUAAGCAAGCGCUUUAUGAAGACGAUAGUGGAAAGAAGAAUGGUGAGUUUCGUCAGAUUGUGGAGACGGAUGUGGAGGGUGCAAAAAUUCAUUUUAUUAAAUUUGAAACCAAGCAUAUUGAAACCUGUCUGAGAUUUAUAAAAAAAAAUUUAGUUGGCUCUCGCGAUUUCAUGAAGGGAAAAACUGUAAAGGCGACAGGAGGAGGAUCUUACAAAUAUACAAAUCUUCUGACUAGCACGUUGGGUCUGACUGUAGAUAAGGAAGAUGAAAUGGAGUGUUUAAUCAAAGGAUGUAACUUUCUGUUGAGAAACAUUCAGGAUGAAGUAUUUGAAUAUCACCGUCAUCGAAAGGCAGAAUAUAAGUUUCAUAAUAUUGAUCCCAAUGUUUUUCCCUAUCUCUUAGUAAAUAUUGGAUCUGGAGUUAGCAUAAUGAAAGUAGAGUCAGAAUCUAAAUACGAACGUAUAGGUGGAUCUGCCAUGGGAGGUGGAACAUUUUGGGGUCUGGGAUCGCUUCUUACUAAAGCUAAGACUUUUGACGACCUUCUGGAGUUGGCGGAGAAAGGAGAUCACCGUAAUGUCGACAUGCUCAUUAAAGACAUAUACGGAGGCGAUUAUCCUGGAAUGGACCUGCCAGGAGAUCUCCUAGCGUGUAGUUUUGGAAAAGCAAUUCAUUUUUGCAAAAAUAAAAAGUUAAAUCCAGGCAACUUCUGUGAAUCAGACAUUGCCAGGAGUUUAUUGUUCAUGAUCAGCAAUGAUUUGGGACAAAUCGCCUGUCUUUAUGCCAUGAUGCACGGAUUGACCAGAGUAUAUUUUGGCGGUUAUUUCUUGAGGGGUCAUCCCAUGAGCAUGCACGCCAUAUCGUAUGCCAUCAACUAUUGGAGCAAGGUGAUGUGGAAAAGUUUUGAAUUUUUUUCUUAUGGCAAGGUACAAGCUCUCUUUCUGCGCCACGAAGGUUAUCUGGGUGCUAUCGGAGCAUUUUUAAAAGGAGCCGAGGAAUGCGAUACUCAAAAAUACUCCUGGGGUGAAAAUUAUGCCGGAAGUUCUGGCCUUAAGAAUGCUUUUCCGACUCAGUUUUUUUCACAGAAUAACACAGUGAUUGAUCAGUUAGAAGUUGACAGGUAUAAUUGGCAAUUAGUGUACUGUCCCCUGCUCAGCAAUCCAUACAGUUAUGUUCCAGACACUGUAGAUUUAACGCAAGAUCCUGAUGCAAGAGAAUAUUGGCUGUUAUGUUUUGAAGAUGCCAUUGAUAAGUUUGUUCAGCGUGCUGUUCAAAGUCAACUUCAUAGAUGUGAUGCUGUGCAGAGAGCUAAUUUAUUUAAAGAAAAAUAUGUGGAUCGUUUACAUCACUUAAAAGACCAACCUUUUGCUUAUGGUUCUCUGACUGUAAGAAGUUUACUAGAUAUGAGAGAACAGUGCUUGAAUGAAUUUGAUUUUCCAGAUCCUUAUCUUCAACAAAAGAGAGUAGAAAACGAAAAUGCGUUAAGGUUACUUGCUAAAAGAUUAGAAGCAUUGGAUGUCAUGUCUUGGGAAGAACGUCAAGAGGCGUUGGUUAUCGGUCUCCUUGCUGGAAAUGUAUUCGAUUGGGGUGCUAAAGAGAUUGCAAAACUUCUAGAACAUUCAGAGUUUGACUUUUACGAUGCUAAAUCACAAUUACAAGGAAGACCGUGGUUAAUCGAUAAUUUAGAUGAAUGGUUAAAAAGACUAAAAGGCCCUCCUCAUAAAUGUGCGGCAAUAUUUGUCGACAACAGCGGGAUGGACGUAGUUCUCGGUGUAUUACCUUUUGCCCGGGAACUUCUUCAGAAUGGAACUAAAGUUUUACUGUGUUCCAACAGCAAGCCUGCACUGAAUGAUGUUACGUAUCAAGAGUUAGAAGUUUUGGCUAGGAAAGCGGCCAUGAUCAACGAAGACAUCCAUCGAGCACUGAUGGAAGAUCGUUUGAGAAUUUUGGAUUCGGGUCAAGGUUCGCCGUGUUUGGAUCUCAGCCGGCUGAAACUGGAGGUGGCCGAGAUGAUGACCGCCCUGGGCACGGAUCUGGUCAUCCUGGAGGGAAUGGGCCGAGCGGUGCACACCAACCUGAACGCCAAGUUUUCCUGCGAGGCCAUCAAGGCGGCGGUACUGAAAAACCAGUGGUUGGCCAACCGCCUGGGAGGUUCCAUGUUUUCGGUCAUAUUCAAGUACGAAAAGCCCUGAAGCGGACGGACCGAGGAGGGGUUGGAGGGAUAAAGAAAAUUCAUCUAUGCCGUCCUCUCGCAAUACUUAUUUUACACUUUAGUUCCACUCAGGGUUUAUAUCUCUAUUUAUUGUCUAAGGAAAAGUAUUGUAUAUUAUUAUUAUUAUUAUUUUGCAUGAACAAGUAGAAAAAUCUUACUCUUUACAAAUUUUGUCACGGAGGGAAACCCGCACUACCGAUUACCGCGCAUCCCAGACCACAAAAUGUAACUUAUUUGUUAACGCAUGGUUCGGAUCGUCCAGUAUUAAACAGUAAACAUUUUCGUAGGGGGAUUCGGUUUAAAUCAAACGGUAAACUAUAUUUUAAUCUCGUGAAGUCUUCCAUGAUUCGACGAUAUUUCUACCAAGAAGCAAAAUUUUUCUAGCUCAUAAAGAAGGGGAGGGGAAAAUGCAAACAUUUUUAACAGAAGUUGUUAUUAAAAUUUAAAUUUGGAUUGUUUAAUCGAUUUAAACUUUGGUAUGUUCGAUAAGGGGGUGAAAAUCGAAUUAAUUUGGACGGGGGAGGGCAUUUGUUUAACGGUUGAAAAUUACAAAAUUUGUAAGAAGUUUUAACGGCUUUGGUAAAAUAACGGUCAUAAUUUCGAGCAUUUCGGUUCGUAGUCGAAGGGUUUUUUAUUUUUUUCAAAGCAUUAUUUUAAUAGUACGGUAGCGUGAUAAUGUCGGCUCAAAGCUCAAUAUACAGUAAAAUAGUUUGUAUACAGUAUACAUAAUGUAUAAACGAAGAGUUAAGAGAUUAGCGGUCGUCGUUUUUGUGUUAGUAUUCAAAUUUUUUGAUGGUUUCUCGUUCCGGCGAUUCGGAAACGUGUAUAAUAGAAACAUUUCUGACGGGAUAAACCUAUGCAUUCCGAAUCGCUCGCUCGACGUUUCGGAGCCCGAAUCCCGGUCGUUCGGAUGAUGGGUCGCAUAUAUUACUUUGAGAUUGUCGAUAGAUGUUUUUUCUCUUAAUAUUACGGUUGCAUAAAGUUGCAUAAAUAAAGUUUAAAGUUUUCUAAAAA